GAGUUGCCUUAGCCAUAUUUUUAGAAUGUCGCAAUCUGUGAAGAAAACAUGCGACUCACUGAGUCCCCUGACUGACCGUUCAACGGGUGUGGUAACUUUCACAUCACGAAGUAAUGCUCCACCGGGCGCCGUGUUGCUGACCAAGGAAGCGGCGGUGAAGCAUCAGUGGGAACUUUUCGCUCAGUGGAAACCAACACGUGAUGUGUGGCCUGUCACAUACGGCGCUACAAUAUCUGGAAUUGCAGCAGCAUUUGGCGGCGUUGUGCUGAAUGCCAUAUUCAGGAAGCAUUAUGUGUUGCGAAGUAUUGGCCUGGUAGCCACAACGUUACCCAACUUCGCCUUUCCCGGCGUGCUCGCAUACAUUGGAAGCACUCAAGCAAUGCACGACAUCAUUGUUAUGGACAUUCGGUGUGUUGUAUGCACGCAGACAAAAGCUAUGGCAUUGCAGCUAGGUUUCGGAGCCAUCUACCCAUGCAUCAUGGCUCCACUGGCUUGCCUGACCAUUGCUGCACGCUCAUUUACUUAUCCAGUGCCCCCCUACAGAACACACUACAAAGACAUCCUCGCCGACAUUUACAGAGUCUUCAGGAAGCACAGGAUUACGCUGGCUGGCUUAACAGCCCUCCAGUGCAUUGUUGCCUUUGGCCUGAUCCACAUGCAGAUGGAUUCCGUGAUCAAGGUGCAGAGGAAGCUUGCGGAACUGUGAGCUCUGCUCGUCAUCCCAAUAAUAGAAUGUAUUUUCAAUUUUUCAGUGAACACAACUGCUCAUUGCAAUGAAAGAAUGUAGAUAUAUGCAAGGACAUUUGUUUGUGCAAAUAAUUUGAUGCAAGCGCAAUGCUGAUUGCCAACAAACGGAAUGCUCGUCAGCUGCUUAACGACUCUUUAUUUACUGUGUACAAGAUGCUUCUCACCAUCAGUAAUUAUGCAGUAUUGUGCAGCUGUGUGUUUGAUCAAAAAUAUUAAAUAGGGUACUUAAAGAUA